AUGGAUCUGAGCGAGAAGGAUAUUCAGUUGUUGAAGACUGCACAUAAUGAGGAGUUGAAAGAGAUGAAGGAUGGACUGGACGCGAAGAAGAAGGACGAGAAGGCGCUGGCAGCUAAGAGAGCUCGAGAUGCUGUGCUCAAGGCUCACUCGCAUUCAAGAUCAACAGCAAAACAGCUGCCAGCACCGUUCAAGCUCAGGGUGGUGCACAAGGAAGGUACUCUGAGUGCAGACGACAAGAAGCUGCUGGCCAUCGCGCGCAACGAGAUCUCAUCCGAGCAUGCAAAGGAUGCUCGUGCUGAGAAGCAGGCCAAGGAGGCCGAGCUGCGACGGGAGGAAGAGAAGGCUGAAGCAGCCAAGAAGGCGCGUGAGGCUCAGGCCAAACAGAUGCACGUGAAGCAGGCAGCGCAUCCAGUAGCGCGCGUAGUAGCAGAGCCGAAGGUGACGGCCCAUGUCCAACACGAGAAGAAUGUUCUUCAUCGCAAGUUGAACCCGAAGGCGCUCAAACUCCUCGCCUCUGCAUAUCGCGACCAGCGACACGACGAGGAAAAGGCCCGUAAAAUGAAAUCUUAUGACCAGAGGGCUUUCGUGAAGCAAUUCAAGAAGCAUGCAAUCGCCAUCGACUCUGACGCUCAGAACGAGGCCAAUAUGGAGAUCCAGAGGAACGCAAGGAAUGCGAUGAUCGGGCUGCAACAUGCCACUGCAGCGGACAACAGCGAGUACAUGCAUGCAUGGAAUCGAAUUCAUUUCUGA